UUGCCGAUCCAUCCUUGUCGGUAUCGGACGAUCACUCACCAUGGUGGAAGACAUAUCUUUUGAACCGCGCCUUAUAAAAGACAUCGAAGUACAUGACCUUGGACCUUCGACAAAGGUUUUGAGACUGACCCUGAAAGUCGUCGUUGGCGGCGUUGUCCGUUCGUAUCGUACGAUCAGCGUUAAGCCCGAUGAUAUCCCGAGGUGGUUGGUCAAUCUUAACUUGGACAAUAUAGACAUGUCAACGGAGGUUAAGCUGAUACUUUAUAAGCGUCACCCGUUUUGGCUCGAGGUCUUAGGGUCUACUGAGAAGACGAUUUCAGACUUUUCCGAAGAAGAGAACGAUUAUAAAACAUUUCCAAUUUACCACGAUAACUCCACAUCACCGACUAUAGCAUCCUUCAGGAUAUCCUACUCUGACGACAUCCGCCUAGUCUCCGUUAAAACCAUGAUGAAGGAUCUUCGAGAGGUCAAUUUUGUCGCCAACGUUGCCUGGGGUUUCUUGUCAAAGGGAAUCGACGUAAGUCAUUCCUCGUGAAGAGCAUUCGGAGUGUUCUAAGUCGACGCAGGUAUUGAGGAAGAACGAGGAGUCGAACAAAGUCGUCGUCGAUCUCUACAAAGUCAUGUUUUCUGCGUAUGUUUCGGCGAGCCGUGCGGAAGAGAAAGAGAAUGCCGAAAUCAUACGUUCUUGUCGUCAAGCCCUCAUCAGGCAAACAAUUGAAUGCACCCUUUUCAUCGAGGGCUACGCGAGGAAAAUUACUGUGGAGCAUCCCUUGAGUGCUCAGCUUUUGGACAAGGCA